AUGGGCGCCAGCGGCUCCAAAGCUCGGGGCCUCUGGCCCUUUGCCUCCACCCCGGGGGGCGGCGGCCCCGAAGCGGCAGGCGCCGAGCAGUCUUUGGUGCGGUCUCGAACCCGAGCGGUGCCCCCCUUCGUAUUCACGCGCCGCGGCUCCAUGUUCUAUGAUGAAGACGGGGAUCUGGCUCACGAGUUCUAUGAGGAGACAAUCGUCACCAAGAAUGGGCAGAAGCGAGCCAAGCUGAGGCGGGUCCAUAAGAAUCUGAUUCCUCAGGGCAUCGUGAAGCUGGAUCCCCCCCGAAUCCACGUGGAUUUCCCUGUGAUCCUCUAUGAAAUGUGAGCCUGUGGCAUGGCAGACACAAGCACCCACUGCCCCAGCAAGAAACUCCCAGGCUCAAGGUGUAGCUUCCAUUCAGGAGUCCAGGCUGGUGCCACAACCCCGAAUAAACUAAACUCCGUUGGCCCAGAACCGUCAGUUGUGAAAGGGGCAGUCCCUCAGUGUUAACUGGUGUUGGUUUAUGUCUGAACAGUAAGUGGCCGGUGGCUGGUGAGGGCUAAUGGCAGAAUCGCCGGCCCAUUUCCCAGCCACUUGUGGGAGAAGCAUGGCGGGGCAUAUGCUGGUCAGGAAUGCCUGGUUCCUCGUUCCUUGCCUGACCUGCUUUCUUCCAAGCUUGCCUAGGGCCCAGCCCUCCUAGAAGCUACAGCACGUUACAAGCAGAGUCUGCCUUCUUCCAGCCCUGGGCUCUAGGGGCUGUACCCAGGUGGGAACUUCCUUCCCUCACUUCCCCGUGCCCCUAGUCAGAGCAUUUCAGCCGUUUGCUACCUCGAUUCCUCCUGUAUGGACAGAGACUGGGGAUAGGACCAGCCUCAGUCUUCCUGCCUACCUGCCAUGUGUCCCCACUCUGAGAUGGACAGUUUGCUGGCCGUUAAAUAAGACGGGGACCAGCGUAGGAGGCUUCUCCUAUCACCCAGAGCUGGACUGAUCUCUCUUGAUUUCAACCAGUUGCGCUCCCCCAAGUUGAGAGGGUGCCGGCCGGGGUCAGGACAGGCCGUGGAUGCCUGUGCCUGUGGGGACUGGCCCCACACCACAUAUUCUGUCUAAUCUCGUCUUUGCACCAGUCCCACCCAUCCCCAGCUGCGGGGGAGGGGCUGUCCACCACCCAGCGGUAAGAAGCCACACACACACACACCCGGGGCUGGUGCCAGUAGCUAUGAGGAGCCCAUCACCCCUUCUACAGUAUCUUCACCUCUUCAGGGUCAGUUAAGGGAAAGUACUGGAGCUCCUUGGUAAGGAUCAGAAGAAGGGAAAAAUACAGAAAAGGGGUAAUUAAAAUGUGAAGGUUUGUAAAUAGUCUAGACUAUGAUAAUGUUGGGGCAGAGUCUGAUUUCUAUAUAGAGAUGGCUUUAAAAAAAAAAAAUCCUUAUUUGUGGAAGCUCCGGGCUUCUAGACUGUGGGAAAUGGCUUGGGGAGGGUGGUCCCCAGCAUAGGAAGACUGUUGUGUUAUUUGUUCAAUUUCAAUAAAAUUAUUUGUAGACCCUGCA